CUCAGCGAACAUCACCACCAAGAUGGCCGACGCUAUGGAGGAAUAUGAGAAAGAAGCUGGCUGCGUCCCUAUUCUCCAUCCCGAGGAAAUCAAACCCCAGAGUCAUUACAACCACGGCUACAGCGAGAAUGUUAGCCGUAAGAACCAUGUGGAUGACUACAGCACCUGGGACAUUGUCAAAGCCACACAGUACGGCAUCUUCGAGCGCUGCAGGGAGUUGGUGGAGGCGGGCUUCGACGUUCGGCAGCCAGACAAAGAAAACGUAACGCUCCUCCACUGGGCCGCCAUCAACAACAGGAUAGACUUGGUCAAGUACUACAUAUCAAAGGGAGCCAUAGUGGACCAGCUGGGAGGAGACCUCAACUCCACACCUCUGCACUGGGCCACAAGACAAGGCCAUCUAUCCAUGGUGGUGCAGCUCAUGAAAUAUGGUGCGGACCCAUCUUUGAUCGAUGGUGAGGGCUGCAGCUGCGUUCAUCUGGCCGCCCAGUUCGGCCACACCUCCAUCGUGGCCUACCUUAUCGCCAAAGGACAGGAUGUGGACAUGAUGGAUCAGAACGGCAUGACUCCUCUGAUGUGGGCGGCUUACAGGACACACAGUGUGGACCCCACCCGGCUGUUACUGACCUUCAACGUGUCUGUCAACCUGGGCGACAAAUAUCACAAGAACACAGCGCUGCACUGGGCCGUGCUGGCCGGCAACACCACUGUCAUCAGCCUGCUGCUGGACGCCAACGCUAACGUCGAUGCACAGAACAUCAAGGGCGAGACACCGCUAGAUCUUGCCAAGCAAAGGAAGAACGUUUGGAUGAUCAAUCACUUACAGGAAGCACGGCAGGCCAAAGGCUACGACAGCCCGUCCUACCUGAAGAGACUGAAGAUGGACAAGGAGUUCAGGCAGAAAGUGAUGCUGGGGACACCCUUCCUGGUCAUCUGGCUAGUUGGUUUCAUUGCUGACCUGGACAUUGACUCCUGGCUUAUUAAGGGCCUCAUUUACGCCGGUGUAUGGGUUGCCGUGCAGUUCCUCUCCAAGGCUUUCUUCGACCACUCCAUGCACAGCGCUCUCCCUCUGGGAAUCUACCUGGCCACCAAGUUCUGGAUGUACGCCACCUGGUUCUACUGGUUCUGGAACGAUCUCCCCUUUGCCACUGUCCACGUGCCCUUCCUGAUAAACACCCUGGCUCUGUUCUACAACUUUGGCAAAUCCUGGAAGUCUGACCCAGGAAUUAUCAAAGCGUCAGAGGAGCAGAAGAAAAAGACAAUUGUGGAGCUGGCAGAGACAGGCAGCCUGGAUCUGAGCAUAUUCUGCAGCACCUGCUUGAUACGGAAGCCCAUCAGGUCCAAACACUGCGCCGUGUGCAACCGCUGCAUCGCCAAGUUCGACCACCACUGUCCCUGGGUGGGGAACUGUGUUGGAAGUGGGAAUCACCGCUACUUCAUGGGUUAUCUGUUCUUCCUGCUCUGCAUGAUCUGCUGGAUGAUGUACGGCUGCAUUUCCUACUGGAGGAUCCACUGCGCCACCAGUUACGCCAAGGACGGCUUCUGGCUCUAUCUUACCCAGAUCGCCUCCUGCUCUCCCUGGAUGUUCUGGAUGUUCCUCAACAGCGUCUUCCACUUCAUGUGGGUGGCUGUGCUCAUCAUGUGUCAGCUCUACCAGAUCGCGGCUCUGGGAAUCACCACCAACGAGAGGAUGAACGCUCGGAGAUACAAGCACUUUAAAGUCACAGCCACGUCCAUCGAAAGCCCCUUCAACCAUGGCUGCUUCAGAAACCUCAUAGAUUUCUUCGAGAUCCGCUGCUGCGGUCUGAUCCGGCCCGUGUCGGUGGACUGGACCACGCAGUACACAAUAGAAUACGACCAGACGUCUGGCUCAGGCUACCAGCUGGUGUAGGAGGACGAAGAAGAAGAAGAAGAGGAGGAGAA